UUGCAUCGCAUUGCGGGAGGCCGAUCGCAUAUACAUUGGCAAUGAGCGACUUAAUAGCAGUAUUACGACUCGAGCGAGUCAGCGUUUGUGUCUUUACGUGUCGUUACGUGUCGCGAGUAUCUGAUAAAUAAAAGGAAGAAUUUAAUCCAAAUUAUAUGCAAUAUGAAGUUUUCUGGACGACCUUGUUAAUACUUUCACGACUCACGGUGCACCUCGCAAAUAGUGCGGAACAAAGUUAACGGAUAUGGUGGUACACACCCACGUAACGUUUCAUGAACUUCUAAUCUGUAUUUCGAUUUGAUUUGUAAAAGAUUCAUCCUACACGGAUUAUGUGGAUUUUUUUAUGUAAAUAUAUAAAAUAUGCGUCUAUGUCAAACGUAUACUAGGAUGACUAAUGUGCGUAUGAUCCAACUACAAUUCACAUGAUGUCUUUUACCGAGCAUGGAAUGUCUGUGCAAUUAACUUCGAUUGCGAUAGCGAGCUCGAAAGACAAACCAUCCUGUCACUAAUUAUCUUGUUUUCUUUCAAUGAAAUUAAUUUAAAGAAAUAUAAGAAGAGUAUAAUCAAAUUCAAUUUGAUUAAAUUGAUAGCAGAAGACUUACAGCUUCUGCGAAGACGAGUAACAAAAGGUGAUAUCGUAAUGAUAUUCAGUGAAUUUUCUUAUUCUGGCACGACGUAGUGGAUUUAUAGAUGGUAAAAAAAAAUUCACCGAACAACCACUUAUUAUCACACUAAAAUACACUGUGAGUUAAAUUCGUAAUUUUGACAAAAUGAAAUUUCGAAGAGGAAAAAGUAGAAGAAUGAAGAAAAAGAAGGUAGAAGAGAUAAACAGACGAAAAUGGAAAGAAGAAAAACCUCGAGGGAUCGUGAGGGAUGGAGAGUUAAAUGAGACAAGAGUCGAUAGAGAACCUUCAUUUAUAAGAAAGUACCCAAGGAUCGGGUUUCCAAUGGUUUUCAUCGAAGAGGAAGGGGACGCCGGUCGAACUCCCCGUGCAUCCACACGCCUAACUAUUGUCGAUGUGUCGUCUACUGAUCUGUAGACGAUCGUACAUACGGUACAGUACGGUACGCUACAAUACAAUACGAUACGAAUAUUACUCUCUCUCCAUGGUGGGAGCACAGACACUCUCGAUCUUUGAUUUUCAAGGUCAACUCGGCUUGACUAAUCACAAGUCAUUCUUCAUAUCGCUGUGACAAAAAUGUGUACAUCUCACUCAUAAUGUACCACUACGACAUAAGAUUAUCAUUGCAAUACUUAUAUGGUGACUGUUACUUGCAUUCAAAUCAUCAAUCAAAUUUUUGUCGUUUUCCUAUCAUAUGGUACUACUGUGAAAAUGAAAAAAAAAAAAUAAAUAAAUAAAGAAUAUAAUAAAUAAGGAGAAUAGAAAGAAACUGGAAAUAGCUCAUUCGCGAAAGGCAAACUAGAACGAAACAUGCUACAUGUCGCGAUAUAUUACAACUCUUGCUUAUUGUUCCAAGUAGAAAGUCCUUGAAGGACGAUCUUGCCGAUCUCUUUGCAUCGCUUUGAGGCCUUAAGUAGUUUCUAGAAGGUAAACAUAGAGGAAGUCGGUUAACACGACUGGUAUCAACGAGAUAUAUCCAGAGGUGAUUAACCCUCCUGAUUACCGAUAGAACGAUGCGAGACGUUUUAUCUGUCAUGCGAAUGCCGUAACAUUGACAUACUUUUCAUACCAAGACCGCCUCUUUAUCUUUCUUCCUGAUAUCACGGUUUCACCUAAUCGACACAAUGUCUACCGUCUAAUAUGUGUAUAAAUAUACCUAUAUAUGUAAUACGGAUAUACUAGGAAGAAAAAAAUGAUAAAAAGUGAAAAUAUGUUUGACCACAUAUAUAUGUACAUAGUCGUAUAUAUGUCUACGUAAAUAAAAUUAAAGGUCAAUAAUGAUCUCCAGUCAAGCGAAAUACACAUUUAGAUUCAUUCCUUUUUUAAGCAUAAGUUCGAACACCAAAGACUAUUGACAUUGAAACGAUAAAGCCUCAGGCUAGACAAUACUACCGAUCGUCUAAUUGAUUCGUUAAAUAGAAUUUUCUAGUAAAAAGACAAUAUGAAAGAGACGAAACCGUUAUAAUAUAUGUUAUAGUGAGAAUGAAUUGAUUUCUUCAUAGAAUCAGAUUAAGACAUAAUUAUUAGCAUCAACUAAAAAAUUUUUGUUGAAAAUUUGAUUCAAAUUGAUGACACGGUAUACCGAUAUAUACGUGAAUAACAAUUAAUAAUUUACAAUUAAAUACAAAAAAUAUCGGUAUUUUGCUCUUCCUGAAAAUCGAGAGUAAUCGAAAUACAAACCAACACCUUCGUGAACAUCCACUUUUGUUUUAUUAGCAAGUUGCUUGGUCGUGAUCAUCUAUAAACAUAAUUUUUUUUAGUGAUCUAUGGUGACAUAAUGACUCUAUUACUAUAAAAUUCACAAAUUAAUUAGAUACUAUAAAUCGUAUGCCAUUGAACAGAAAAUUUAGAAUAACACAGAUCACUAGAUAACAAUGUAAAAUAAAAAAUGUACUAUACAAUUAAUAAUUGUACUAAUAAUGAAAAGAACGAUUAAAGAAAGUUUAUAUUGACGCAUUUAUAAUUUAUAUAUAAAUUAUCUUAAAUGUUAGAGAGCAGCUCGCUCGUCUCCGCUAAUUUAAAACUUGACAAGGUUAUUUUACAAAAAUUAGAUUUUGCGAUAAAAUGUAUGCAUUAAUUAUAUUAUCUAAUUAAUUAUAUAUUAGCCUGUUGUGCUAUGGCAACGAGAACUUGUAAGUAUUUUCUUCUCCCUUAUAUAAAGUAAUACGAGUCUUUCGAAAAGAUAUAGGAAUCUCGAAAAAUAUUUCGAGAACGUUUCUUUGAUUUCUAUUCUUCCACUUCUUUUCUUCUUCCUCGCUGAUUUGACCUUUUCUUUAAAUCCUUGGAAAAAGUUAGUUGGGACGACGCAACAGAUGCGACGUAAAAGAUUCGCCAAGAAAAAGAAAGAGACAAAAUUUGGGAAAAUCGUGCGAAAACGAAGAAGCGCGCGUGCAGUACGCAUUCUCUCCGUUAUUGACCAUCGGAACGAGUCGAACCGAGGUGACUCGAGUCGAGCCGAACUGAGCUAAAGCCAAAGAGAGGAGUACAAGAGACCAAGAGGAAAGACUGAUCCCGGUCCUCGAGUCCUUUGAAAACGAUAACAACGUAGCAUCUCUGUCUUUUUUAUUUUUAUUUUUUAACCUUUCACAGUGAAAGAUAUCCAAUCUUUCUAAUCCUUUUCUUCCUUUUGCUGCGAAUAAUUCAACGUAUGUGUUUACAUUGUGACGAGAACAAUCGAUCGGACUUCUGGCUUUCUUGUAUUUUAGCCCUACUUUAAAAAAGAAACAGAGAAAUAUAUAUUUAUAUAUGUAAAUAUAUAAGUAGUGUGUAUACAUACACGCACGUAUUCUCAUGUGGAUAUGUGUGCAUGUACCUGUGUCUGUGCAUAUACCCGUCAUAUCAGAAGUGAUAAGAGGGUGUAAUCUUCCUUGUUUUUCAUAAUGGUGAAUAUCAGGAUCGACCAGUGCUUUCUACGAAAAGAACGAAGAAAGAGCUUUCCUCGAGCUACGAAAAACUUUCGACGAAACGAAGGAAGCUUCGUGAAUUGUUAAGAAGCAGAAAAAAUGUCCAGUAUAAUUUCGUGACUUCUUUUCCAAUAAUUCAACAAAAUUAUACGUUCUUUCAUUUCUUUUCUUGUUCGUUCAAACGUAUGUAUUAAAAAAUAAAAUUAUUUUUAAAACAUGAUGUUGUGUUAACACGAAUCUAUCAUGAUCGUGAUCGAUUGGAGUUGGACAAGGAUCGCAAAUCUCAUGGAUCAAGGAUCGCAUUCUUCGUCAUUUUUGCGAAGAAUCUGUCAUCUUAAGAGCUCGUCUUACUAGAUUAUUAUGAAUAAAACUCACUGAAGAAGCAAUAAAAGAAAAGAUGACUGGAAAGUGCCAACGUAAGAAAACAGGAGUGAAAAAAGUGGAUUAAGAAAAGGAUAAAAGCGGAAGGCAGGAAGGGCGCAAGGGAAAAGAAAGAUGGGCUCUUUGCCAAAUCUACAUGAGUUGUCGAAGGAGAAACUCGAAAGUCCUGUUUACAGAGCCGUGGCAAUUGGUGGACUUGGUCCGAUGAGAUUGCCCGCUCAAGCUCAACCGUUAGCACAUACCCAUCGUCGUGCGAGAAGCAGUGGAAAUCAUCAUACCACUACCUUGUGGGAUAAUGACGCUAUGUUAGAGCACAUGGCAGCGUACUCGCCGAUUUCUUGUCGCUCGACCAGGACAUCCGCCGCGUUGUCUUGGAGACGACGAGACUCGAUGAAUUCCUCAGCGGGAGCUUCAUCAGUCCGUCGAUUGAUAGCUGCCGUAAGAACAACUCCGUCCGGGCCACGUCCGACAAAGAAAGCAAUUCUAAGGCAUUGCGCGGCCCUCCUUCUCGGCCAUGCAACUUCCUCAGCCGCGAUCUUGCCGAUCUUUCCUCUCCAAGCUGGUCUUGGGACAUUCAAUCCUCAUCUUGGACCGAUAUUAUUGGCUCUACUUUAUGCCACUGCUGCGAUCACCGCUUGUUUCGCGCCGAUUCUUCUUCAAAGAUUUGGCACGAAUCUCGUAAUCAGCCUCAAUCAUUUUGUUACGACAAUCUUCGUCGGUGUGCAUUUAUAUCCGAAGUGGUAUGUGCUUUUACCUAGUUACGCCAUCUUGGGUGCCUGCGUCAGUCCGAGUUUUUUGGCAAGGACCUCGCACGUCAACAUAUCGGCAAGUUGUUUAGCUUUGCUCUGUGUCGAUCCCGAAGAUCCAGACGAAACUAGACGUGAUUGUCUCUUGAGAAGACUUAACAGAGGCGUCAAAUUGGCAGAAGAUGUGGGUCUCGCAAUAGGUUGCCUGAUCGCGGCAGUCUUGGUAAAACUUACGGACUCGAUCCCACCAGAUGUAACGGAAAGCGAGAUUGAAGACGUUUGCGGUGCAGAGUAUUGCCCCGAAGAGACUUAUUUCUAUAACGAAAGUCUCUAUUUACCAUCAAUAUCAAAUAAUACAUCGAAGAUGUUGAUCAGUAUUUGGUUCGGCCUUGCCGUUCUAGGAAUGGGCAUUUCCUGUGCCUUUCUCGAUUCGAGAAUGAAGGAACCACAGAAUAUAAACGACAGAGUUAGCACACGUAACAUUUUCAAGUCCAUCAAGUGCGCCUUUCAAGAUCCAAAGCUGCAAUUAGCGGCUCCAUUAACACUCUUCAUCGGCCUCGAGCAAGGUUUCAUUUACGCCGACUUCACUGAAGCAUAUGUGGCUUGCGCCCUUGGCGGAGUUGGCACCAUCACUGUCAGUUUUCUGAGCUUGGCUUUGUUACAGGGUCUCGCCGGCGUAACGCUCUCCAUGUUAUUGAGGCACAUCAAGAGAUACUUUGUCGUAGUCGUGGGUUUCGCUUUCCAUGCCUGUUUGUUGCUCGUUCUGGUCGUCUGGAGGCCGGCUGGCGACGAUCCGGCACUUUUCCAUGUCAUAUCAGCUGCCUGGGGAGUUUGCAACUCUAUCUGGGAAACUUUAAUAUACACUUUAGUAUUAGGUCUCUAUCCAAAUUCCUGGCAAGGUCCGUUGUCAACAUCACUCUUCUGGAGAUGGUUAGGACUCUCGUUAGCGUUGGGUCUUCAUGGUUUGGUUUGCACACGAUUCCGUGUUCUUGGAUUAGCAUUCAUGUUGUUGCUAUCGGUCGUACCUCAUGUGUGGCUCGAAAUUAGACUAGCGAAGCGAGGUAAAAGUCUAGCACCAUUGUGACCGAUAGAAUCGACCGCGAGCGACCGAGGAUCAACAAUCGAGAUCGAAGGAAGGCAUAGAUCGGACUGAGGCAGAAUUGUUCCAUCCAGCUUAAGGACGGCCAGGAAAUGCAGCAGACGGAGGAGCAGCCCGGUGGCCGAGAAUGCGACUUUUACCACUAAAGGAAGAUCUUCGAGGAGAAGGGCCAAUAGUGUAGCAUUCGCCUGUCAAACAACUACAUUGAUGACUAAUGAGGAUGCGCUUCCCCUUUCAAUGCAAACUGAAGAAGCACGAAGGAAUAGCAGCGUCGAAGUCGCGACCAACGAACCAAAAUGUACCAUUUUCUCACUCUCGUGAGAAAUCGAGAUGUUUCACACAAUCUCGAAAUUUCUCCGAUUUCGUCGUCCUUACUUUUCUCGAAUAGAUGACAUUCUCGACGUUUUGGAAACGAAUCCUCGUUCGAUUACUCUUCUCCUUUUUUUCCUCUAGCGUUCUUACAUAUAUAUAGCACACUCGACUCCUUUCUUCUUACUCUCCAUUUUUUGUUCUUCUUACCUACAAAGAAGGUAAAAUAUAUCGGAUAGUAUACAGGAAAAUAUGAUUCUUCGAGGUCUAAUGAUAGCGAAAGAAUGUAAUGUCAUUGUUGUUUCUUGCUAAUACGAACAAAAGUGGAUUGCGAACAAUUAACGGUCAGAUGAAUAAGUAAAAAUGAUACAGAUAAGAAAAAUAACCUCCUUUAUGAUCCUAAAAGCAAUGAAUUUUAAUAUUGAUAUAUCGAGACGAACGAGCAUUCAAAUACUCAAAAUUGAUCUAUGAGUGCAACGAAAAGCGCGCGUCAUCGAAUAAUAUGCUGGAUGGAACAAAUACGUAAUUAGGAUUCAAUUCCUAGCCGAAUAACAGUUUCUGUGUUUCUCAACUUUUCAGCUAAUGAAUAAACGUAAGAUCACGAUUGAUCGCGGGGAAAUAAACUCAAGGAAAUAGUCUUAUUCACGCACCUUUCCCAAGAUAAAUAUAAGUAACUAGUGUGUACAAAUUGUUCGCGAACUUUCACGAAUCAUGAUCGAUGCCGAGAUGCACGCCCUGUAUAAUCAUUGAUCCAUACUUGAUGUCUUUCAAAACGUUCCAACUUGUAAAAAAUAAACGGAAAAAUCGUAACGUUACCUCUACAGUCUACGAACUCACUCCAUAUAAUCUACAUUCAGGUUGAGUCACGCAAGUUUCGUACGGGUCUCCCAUUGAUAAUAGAAAAGAACGAUAGAGCAGAAAAUGUGAUGGUAUACCUAUUACGAGUUUUAUAUUUUUAAGUUUUUCAUUGUUUCCUAAGAAGAAUGGUAUACCUGAAAAAAAUCAUACCGAUAUCAGAAGAGAUAUAACAUAUUCAAUAGUCUGUUUCACACGAUUCACAAUGUUUCACACGAUCUGACUAAAAAAAUUUUUUAAGAAGUAAACGGAAUAAACGCCCAAUAAAACACAUUUAUGCAAUACGUGCAUUCGUUAUUAUAGAUAUGAAUAUCUGUGUAUAUCAUUAAACCCGUGAGAAAAGAUUUUCAAAAUGAAAGUAAAAGUUUUAAUGUGACUCGCGCGAAAUUAUAGCUUUCAAUGUGUUAAAUAAACCACAAUUUUUAUUUAUAGUAGAAAUUCAUCUGAAGGGAUACUAUUAGCCCUGAAAAUCGAUCAAAUUUUAAAAGCAACAGAAAUUAUUAUCGAUAAAACGUUCGUCAAAUUGUAAAUAAUAAAAAAACGUUAGGGUAGGAGCCUUCCCUUUUCAUCAAUCGUUCCAAUCGUGUAUGAUGAAGCAUCAAAAAAGGGAAAAAAGAUAAUCAAGAAAAAAUUAAAUAUAUGCGGAAUUUAUAUGCGCAAUACACUUCCAGUGCAAAUUUUCUUACGAAUCAACACAUUAACUUUAAGCUAAAUUGAAAAAGUGUAGAAAAAAGAAAAAGCGGGGAAAAUUAAAAUGAAAUCAGAAAGUAAAAUGCAAAAAAAAUGUGGAAGUUGUGUAGAAAGAAAUUCGACACGCGUAUCGUGUCAUAUCGUUAGUUUAUAAUUAAUGUUACGAAUAAUGUAACACAUUUUUUAUGAAAAUCGUUAGCAUUUUAAUAAGGGUUUGCGUGCGGCGAUGGACGUCAAUUGAAAAUUUAUACCACUGGAAUCGGACUGAUCAAAAAACCUGCUGAAUAGCACACUACUUGUAUUAUAUAGAUCAGCCUGUUAUUUCUUAUUUUUUUAAGUUUUCAAGUCGGUCCAAUGAAUACCAUAUUCGUAUUAAUUCAUAUUAUUUUAAGUAAAUUAUUGAAACGUAUUGGAAUUUUUUCAAACGCGUCAAAUUCGACGAAAAUUGAUAAAUUAAAGUUUAUUCUCUUUUUUCUCCCACUCAUUGAUUUUCAAACGACGACCAUAUACUGCUAUACAUCGUAUAUCGUAUAAUCUUCAUUCUUUGUUUACAAGAAUCGUAAUAUCAAAGUAAUAUGCGAUAAAAGGAGAUGAUAUGAAAAAAAAAAAAUACGCACGACAUUCAUUACCUUAUAAUACUCGCGAAAAAUAAACUAUAAAAAGCACCACGUGCCUGAUUAUAUCCCAAUGUACGUACAUAAAUAUAUACAUUCUUACGGAUAAACUUUUUCCUGAUACGUUUAUCCACUUAUAUUUCUUACCGUAAUAAAACUUCAAAAAAUUCUAACCUAUCAUGAACUAAAGCGCAAGUAACAUACAAAGCCGAUGUAAAUACCUUACAACCAUGAUCAUAGUUCGUUACCAAGAUUAAAACAAGAAUCUGUAAUUAUUUAACAAUUAAUAAGAAGAUAUAAGAAAAAAAAGUGAUACGUGUUGAAAAGUUAAUACGUGUUGCAUAGUAAUGUUUAGAAUAAUAUUAAAAGAAUUAUCGAAAUCACGAAAUGGAAUGUGUCGCGUGUCUAAUGUAAUAGACUCUUUCACACAACAUGAGAAAGCAUAAUGUUUUUAUAAGAACUGCAGGAAAUUCAAAUUCAGACAAAGUUGUAAAGUAUGGACCGUAAAUAUAAAAAAAAAAAAUAGAAACAAACAGGACGAAAGAUAAACAUUGUCACCCUAUAUGACUUGUAGCAUCUUUUUGCGUGCUUGUUUGUCGACAUUUUUAAUUAAAUUUAAAAUUUGUUGAAGGAACACAAAAAAUCGGAUCUCCAAAGCGGGGGAUUAUGAAACGCAUUGGAAAGGCAUGUAUAAUUAUUGUAUUUCAUGAAAUAAUAAAUAUUAUUCUUAUUUUA